ACGGACGCCGAGAAGACCCCACCCACGCGGUCGAGUUCGUUGCACAUCGGAUUUCUUGUCCCGGCAGGGAGGCAGGCAGGCAGGCAAUCAUGGCCCCCAAGGCUGCCAAGAAAGGCGCCGCAGCGAAGAAGACCGCGGCCGCCGCCGCCGCCGCCGCGCAGGGCUCGGAAGUCCAGACUUGGGAGAGCGAGCUCGCCAAUGCACUUUUUCACGAGGACCACUGGCAAGCGUGCGUGUGCGUGCUGGUGGGCCGAGGUCCGCGCGACGAGGAGCUGAUCCGGACGCUGGCUCGGGCCGUGCGGCAACCGCAACGCAAGCUUUUCAGUUCGCUGUCGUGGGAGGACACCGAGGCGAAGAUUCGCCAGUACGGGAACCGCAAAGCAAAGAAACGAGACGCUUUUCCUCAGUUCUACCAGGUGACGGAGCCCGCCAGGGAGCUGCUGGAGGCCCGAGAGGAGAUCCCCGCCCAGCUCAUGGCGCAAGUCGUUAAGUUCAUGCUGCUGCAGAUCAAGGAGAGCGACCAGCAGAGGCGAAAGGCCGAGCAAGUGAGAGACGCCAAAGCAGCUGCUCCUGUCGCCAAAGAAAAACCGGGACCCAAAGGCAAAGACAAAAAGCCAAAGGACGAGCCGGCCCUCAAACCCAAAACAAAACUCAAGCGCAGGGAUGAUGUGGAGCCGCCCAAGUACAUAAACGACGAGCCGAGCGACGGGCCUCAACACUACGUGCUGCUGCUGGGCUUCCACCAGCCUCAGCUGGUGGGGACGCUGGACGGCGCCGGCGUGCACGUGGCCAACGUCAUCAGGCUGAGCGCCGCCGACACCGCCGCGCCCCCUGACCAGGUGGAUGAGGAAACGGCCGACGCGGAUGAAAUUGCCGCCCGAGAGGCCAGGGCGGCGCAGGCCAAGGUGCUGGACCGCUUCUGGGGAGCCCUGAGACACGUUUUGGACAACGGGGGACCCAACUCCAGACUCCACGACGUGGCUCAGCUGGAAUACGCUGUCCCGGAUUCGUUGAUGCCCUUUGACCCGCACGACCCGGAGGCUGCGAUGGCGGCGGCGACCCAAAUGUUUGACGGCGUGUCCAAUCUCAUCUACGACUGUCUGGAGUGGCGCAGGCAGCACCGGCACUACCUGGACAGCGCCAACUUCAUCCGUGUGCCCUCGUUGGUUUGGGGCCAGGACGCGCCGCCGCCUGCCGAGACUACAGCUUCUGUGUCCCCCCGUUCCAAGAAGUCGGGGCGGCCGCCAGCCCCGAAAAAGCCGCCCUCAUCCCUGACCACCGACGUGGACAUGAAUCACUACGCGGGCCUGGUGGAGCAGGUCCCAGCCGAGGCCUGCUCGGUGGCGCUCGUCUUGCACUGCAUGCUGGAGCAGGUGGCUGUGUCGAGCGAGCAGGCGCCGCAGGCGCCCGACGACGGCGAGCCUCAGACGGCUCUCGACUUGGACCGUCACGCGCUGGGCCGAAUGCUGCACAAGGUCCUGCCUCAGGUCCACGCGGAGGACGAGAGGAGAGACUUGCUGUGUAGUUUGUUGAGCGCGGUGGAGCGAGAAGAGGACAAGCAGAUGCUUAAGGAAGAGUUUGGCGCAGAGGAGACGCCCAGGAGGCGCCAGCAGCAGCCCGUCAUCGUCCGCCACCACGACGAAAGGGCGCGCCGCUUCAUUGGCGUAACUGCCACUCCGAGUUUGGAUCCGGCCCAGGAGGAGGCGUCCGUGAUGAGGCGCUCGCCGGCGUGGCAGCUCAUCAACUCUGUGGCUCGGCGGCGUUGCGACGCCUCGUGUUGGAGGGUGGUCGAGCAACAGCUCCAGCGCCAGUGCACCGGAGAUGAGGUGUCGUGGCCCCAGGCGGAGCACUUCUUUCAGCGCAGCGUGCUGGAGAGCAUGCUGCUGAGCCAGCUGGACGAGGACGGCGUCCUGGGAAAAGACUGCAGAGCUUUGGGAAUGGCGCACCAGGCCAAGAAGCAGCCCGUCAUCCCCUGGGAUGACCCGCUGUCCUUUGCAAAGCACAAGUUUAGCAACCUGCGCGAGAAAUGCCCCACCUUUCUCCAGGAAGAGGCGCACUCAUCGGAGCAGCUCAGCGAGCGGGAAAGCGCCAAGCGGGAAAGCGCCAAGCGGGAAAGCGCCAAGCGGGAAAGCGCCAAGCGGGAAAGCGCCAAGCGGGAAAGCGCCAAGCGGCUCGACCUGCGCGACAUUCAGAGCUGCCGGCGGAGGUGCCUCCGGGACUGGGACUACGUGGAACGCCACGAGGCGGGCGUCUUCCCGCAGGUCCUCCACUCAGCUGCCCAGCAGUAUCGCUGUCUGGACACGCACAGAGGAAGUCACAAUAACGUCCUCUACGUCUUCUGCCACAAUCCCAUGAGUCCCGAUCGCUUGUGCAAGGAGUUCUGGGACGUGGCCAUUCACACCGACGUCAAGUUCCGGACUUAUUUGGAGCACGUGGCGGACACCAUUGCAGACUGGCUUGAGAAGGAGGAGCUGAAGAAACAGUUGUCGGCGAGUGACCGCACAAGUUCUGCAGCGCAAGCUUCAGAAAGUUUGCAAGAGGAAGAUGACGAAUCCCGGGAGCAAUUUGUCACCGGAAGCUCACUCAAGGCGGCCAAGCUGGAGGAGGACAAGCUGAAGGAAGAGGAAGGCAAGAAAGGCAAGAAGCCGGCCAAGGCGGCCACGGGCAAGAAGCAGCAGCCGGCGGAGAACGCCAAGUCCACCAAGACCAAGAAGAGCGACAAAUCGGCGGCGGGCAAGAGCAAAGCCGCGGCCAGCAGCUCCACGGCCGCCGCCGCCUCCGACGCGACCCAGCCACCCAGCACAGCGGACGACAAAGAGGAGGCCGGCGGCAGCGGAUUCGCCGGCUUCCACAUGGACGGAAUGCUGGUCCACCUGUCAGGGUCUCUCCAGUACCUCUUCCCUGCGGCCGGGGGGCACGUUACCGUGGAGACCAUCAGCUACGUGGAGGGUUCCAGCAUGCUGAAAGUGGCCGUGAGCAAAGACGGCCACCGCUUGUACACGCACGUGGACCGAGCGCUCACGAGAAAUGGCGCCAAAGAGCAUCCGGUCAGGACGGCCGCGGCCACCAGGCGCUCCUUCUCGGCCCUGCUGGACAGCGGCGUCCGGCUGGCUUACACCUUUGAGGGACCGGCAAAGGACGAAGGCAAAGCCUCGGACGGGAGCCUCAAGGAACCGGAGAAAGAGUCGACGGCCAAGAGCGAUGACGCCGAGCAGCCGCGUGACAGCCCGUCGUCGCAGACGUGCCCCCCCCCGAGGCCACUGGCCAGCCUCAGCUUGUCCAUCCCCAGUGGCCUACUUGUGCAGUUCAUGCGCCAAGACGGGGAGCAGAGCGUGCUGGUGCGGCUGAGUUUUCACGCCGCGGGUCGCCGCGGCCCCGCUCUGGCCAAGGAGGCGUCCCGCACCGUUACGGCCCAGGGAACCGUCAUCCGAUACAUGAGGGACGGCUCCAGCCAGGUGCUCUUUGCGGACGGCACGGUCAGCUCCAGCCUGGAUUCCGGCCCGGUGUGGGUACCUGAGGCGGCAGAAGACACGACGGAUGAGCAAAACCCCGAGAACCAGCUGGCGUCUCCUCCUCGAGGGUAUUGGGCAACGACCACGCCCUGCGGCACGCGCAUCUGCACCGUGGGUAGCACGCACGAGCAGAGUCCCGCCUGCGCUCUGCUGAGCUACGUGACCUCCGACCCGGUCACUCACGAGGUGAUGCUGAGCCGCGAAGAUCUGGUGGUGACGGUGAAGCGGCCGGACGGAUCGGUGAGUGUCGAUCACGCGGACGGAACCAGAAUCACCACCUUCUACCGGGACAGGCCUGGAAGCGCAGCUGAGGAGGGAGGGAGAGAGAAGGUGGUGGCGGUGGAGAACGAGGCCUGCGCCACCGUCUUGAUGUACCCCGAACGACACGUGGCCGAAAUCUGGUUGGCGGACGGCACCGUGGUCACCGGCGAUAACCAGGGAGCUUAUCAGGUGGUCCCGUCCAGCAUCGGACUCCUGCGCAUCCAAAGCGACGGCAAGUGCGUCUACUCCGGCGGAGCGCUCCGGGACGGCCGCCCCGCCUACAUCAUGAGUCACACCGACAAAGUGGCCUGCGACGUCACAGACGUGGAUGGAAACCACUUUCAGGUGUCGCAAGACGGCCAGGUGAGCGUGCGCACUGUUGGCCCAGCCCCAAGGAUGCUGCAAGAGGACGACGAAGACGAGGACAAAGAUGGGAUGGGGGGGCCCCGAGACCACUCUCCCAGGCUGUUCCUGGUGCACGAGGACGGUUCCGGUUCGGAGCUCCUGAGUAGCCGAGCCGUGUCGGAGCUGCUGAAGCGGGCCCGCUCGGACCCCGCCGCGGCCGUGCUGAGGGACCCGCUGCCGGACUCGCCAGGUGAGUUUGGCAUCACCGUCCUGAAACCCGGCACGGAAAACGUGCGCUCCAAGUGGGUGCACGUCAAGCUGGACCCCAACGCCAUGCAUCAGAGCCUUCGGAACCGCAGCUGGCGGGAUUGCGCCCCAUUUGAGACGACUCACAGUCCUCCGUUGGGGAGCACCGCAGGACAGGGGCCCGGCCUGAAAAAGCUCGGCGGCGGCGGCGGCGGCGUCCUCAGCUGCCCCAAAGUCCUGGAGAUAAGGGAAGUUCAGCAGCACAGGGCCUUCGGUCGACAGCUCCGAGACACGGUGGACACGCGGCUGAAGGAAUACAUCGAGACUUUGAUGGAGAAGGCGCGCUGGUCGGCCGACGUGACGCUCAAGGAGCCUCGCGGCGAGGUGGAACGAGCCCACGCCGGGCUUCUGCUCAGUCAGUCCUUCGCAGAGGAGCCGGCGCACCGAGAACAAGCCAAAGGCGGCGCCGCCGGCGCGCAGAGGAGUCCAGGGGACAUGGGCGUUCUGUACGGCCAGGCGGUGCACGCCGCACUCGAGCCGUCGGGCCGCGCGGAGGAUCCCGCCGUGCCGGCCGGCGCCGGCUGCACCCAGCUCCAGGUGUCAAAGUGGACGGACAGGCUGGAGCAGUACAGACAGGAGCUGCUUGAAGUGAAGGCCCGUGUCGAUGCGCUGAGGAAGAGGAUCAUCGUGCCCUACUUUCACCCCGAAAACGACUCCUUGCGCCAGACUCAUUGUCCCGACUCCCAGAGGCCAAAUUUGAGCGUGCCCACCACCGAGUCGGACGAUGACGCCUUCCGGAGCGACAUCCUAGCCCAAGAGGCCCACGACGACGACGACAACAAAGCGGCACAGCCCUUGGAGUUGCCGGUGUGGCCCUUGGAGCCAGUGUGGCCUUUGGAGCCGGCCUUGGAACCGGCCUUGGAGCCGGCCCGGCGACCCUUGGAGCCUUCUUAUCCUGCCAGUCACGCGGCGGUGGCAGCGAGGAGCAGCAGGACGUUCGGCGCCGCCACCGCACCAGCAGCCGUCCGUCCCAGGUCGCUCCAGGUGAAUGUGAGCGGGCAGCCCAGGCGGAGCGGCGUCAGACUGCCGCCUUCCAUUGUCAGCUGCAAAGCCUGCAGCGUCCCCAAUCAUCACUUCCGCCGCGUGGAGGAGCCGGUGCGGCGCAGGUGUCGCACCAUUUCGCUGGCCGACCCCAAAGUCAUCAGCAGAGGCUUUGAGCUGCGGCCGUCCAGAGUUGACUUUGGCCCGCUGAGGGACGGCGCGUCCUCCGUGGUCACGGUGGUCAUGAAGAACGUGGGCGUCGACACCUGCAGGUUCCACGUCAAGCAGCCUCCGGUCUCCACGGGCCUCCGCGUCAAAUACCAGCCGGGACCCGUGCCGGCAGGUUUGCAAGUUGAACUGGACGUCGAGCUGUACGCCAUGUGCGAGGAGGCGCUCGAGCUGGACGGGAAUCCCACCAAGUACAUCUCCCAGGACAUCAUCAUCCCCACAGAGACCGACAUCUUCUACCUACCCGUCACGGCCAAUAUCCUUCAAAGGCACGUGUCGCCGUGGUCUGGACCCAGGCAGCCUUGCGGAGAGAUCCUUGACGCACAUGGCGUAGCCGUUCUUCCUGAGGCCUUCUACGACAUUUGGUUGAGAGAGCGCUCCGGUUGCGACAGCGGGAUCCGCGCCGGGAGGCCCAGACAGGCCCGCAGCCUCCCGCCGUGCCAGCGCCUGGGCCAGGACCCGCCGCAACGCGGCUCUCUGGAGCCCGCCGCCGCUGCCUUCUCAGGGCACCAUAACCGCACAGCUAGUCUUUGAAGAGCACGCCAACGCAGCCAGCAAGCUGAACGUCACCCACGCAUGCACGCACAAUAAAGCAGUGGUCGUUGCUUCCAUUCCAUUCCAUUCCAUUCUUGGCUCUCUGUUACCGUCACGUUUGUGUGGGCGCGUUAACAAAUGUUCUUUUUGAAACUCAAAAUGACAAAUCUUUUGGUUGAAGUCAACAACAGAGUAAUUGAGUUACUUUUGAAAUGAAGUAACGAGUCACUCGUUUUCAUUCCCUAGCUAGCACAACACUGACCAUCGGCGCUAUCUGAUAUGAUUCAUGGUGUGAUUUGGUUUUAGGAAAAAAUGCUUUGAUUGACCGUUUUUAUUCUUUACUUCAAAUAAAGCGUAUUUCCACAA